AUGGCGCGCCUGCCCAUCGCCAUCCGUCCCAAGGACAUCCCUCCUCUCGCCACCGAGCCUCACCCCCACCCUUCCCCACUCCAGCAACUCGUCGGCCACACUGUCUCUAAGACCGACUACGAUGCCGUGUGUGUGCCUCUUGCCAACGCACUCUGGCAAGACCGGUGGGAGCGACUCUGCCUCCGUCCUGUCGGCAUGGAAGACGAGGACGACAACGGCUCGAUGCAGGAUCGUGCGAGCGAUGUUGACCGCGAUGCAGACCUCUUCCGCCGCGAGCCGAGCCUGUUCCGCCACGAGUGCAACAUCACUCGGCUCGAGGAAAGCCAGAGCGUCAUCGCACUCGCGAGCGACUGGCUCGAACUCGACUCGCCAGACGAGGGGAUCCGCUUUGACUCUGAACUGGGCCUCCGCGCUGAGAUGCAGCACGCGCUCUACCUCUCCCUCCCGGUGCUCGUCGUGCCCGCACCAAACCUCGCGAACCGCGACUUCCUCCCAUCGUAUGCGCGUGUCAUUUCCAAUCUCCUCCAGAUGGGCGGCUCGUCCGCGUACACACAAGUGUCGAUCCGCAUCCCCGUCUCUGAUCCCCUCGAGAUUAUUGGACAAGGGCCAGCACCUACGAACGGCCACGGUGAGAGGCAUCACCGCCGGUCGUUAUCGCUGUCGUCCCGACCGUCGAGUAUGCACCAGCACCAGAUGAGCAUUGGGCAGUUAAGUGCCAUCACGGGCGGGGGCAACGACCCGAACGGAUCGGCACCGGCAAGCCGCGUCGUCAGCCAGGCGAGCUCGAACGUGCCCCAGCGCACCGUCACGCACAGCGCGAUUCAGGGCGAUCCCAGCUCGACGUGGGAGAUGUGGGACUGCAUUCGCUCGUUGUGCGGCUACCACCCACGGUUGAGUGUUAUGCUUGACCUCAGUAAUCCACUACCGCCGAGCCAGGGCGCGAUCGCACGCUGGGCAGCCGAGCCAGUCAAGCGCAUCUGGCUGCCAGCUGGCAGCUUCAUCCCCAACGCAAAGGGCUACCCGGUGCUGAGCAAGGCGACGCAGGCUUUCAUCCGGGGGCUGAGCAAGCACCAGCCAACGUUCGUGCUGUCGGGCACAAGCGACGCGAGACACCCCAGCGGCGGACAGAAUGCGUAUCUACAAUAUUUACGCCACAUCACAUCGCAGGCCGGCGCAUCGGCUUACAUCUCGCCCCAGGGCCCUGCAGAGAUCGCAGGCGGCUACGGCGAUUACCUCCAGGCACCGUUGCAGCCACUCGCGGACGACCUGGGUAGCGCGACCUACGACGUCUUCGAGAGCGAUCCCGUCAAGUACCACCAGUACGAGGAGGCCGUGUUCCAGUGUGUGAUGGACGAGGAGCGACAGCCACCAGAUGGAGAACCAUUCGUUAUUGUCGUCGCGGGCGCAGGUCGCGGACCAUUAGUCGCAGCGACCCUGCGCGCAUUAGACCGCGCAGAGCGCGACGCACGCCUGUACGCGGUCGAGAAGAACGCAGCCGCGUUCACGACGCUGCAAGAACGCAAGGCACUCGAGUGGGGCGACGCUGUCGAGAUCUUAUUCGGAGACAUGCGCACCCUGCAUGUGCCCGAGCUGGCAGACAUCCUCGUCUCCGAGUUGCUGGGAAGCUUUGGCGACAACGAACUAAGCCCGGAAUGCAUCGACGGCGCGACGCGCUUCCUGAAACCUGGCGCGGUGUCUAUCCCCACGUCCUACACCGCGCACCUCGCGCCCAUCGCCAGCUCCAAGCUGCACCACGAUGUGACGUCGCGCAGCGCAAACGCCGCCGAGAUCCCGUAUGUUGUCAUGAUGCAGCAGGCCAACAUCCUGUCGGGUGAGACGCCGGGCAUGAGCGGACGCUGCGGUGAGCGUAUCCAGCACUGCUGGCAAUGGGAGCACCCGCGCUGGGACCUGAUGCUGGACGAGGCCGGUCUGCCCCUCACCAACAGCCAUAACACGCGCUCGACCACGUGCACGUUCCACAUCCCACACGCGUCGCCGUGCCACGGCUUUGCUGGAUAUUUCGAGGCACACCUGUACGGCAACGUCGGUCUGUCGAUCCACCCCGACACGAUUGCGCGCGUGUCCCCGGACCUGUUCAGCUGGUUCCCCAUUUUCUUCCCCCUCAAGAGCCCACUGUACCUCCCGUCUGGUGCUGAGCUCGAGGUCAACAUCUGGCGUCUCACGGACCAGAAGUCGAAGAAAGUGUGGUACGAAUGGAGCGCCGAGGCGUACCUCCCUACCGUGCCCCAGUUUGGCGGGACGCCUAGUGGGAGCAUGCACAUGGGCAUGCGGUAUGGCUCCGGGCACACGAACCCGACGUCGCCGACCGAAUCGCAUUACUCGGCCCGGCCGCCUCUACGCGACGGGCAGGAGCUUGGCCGCGUCAAAAUCGGUCAGACCGAGCUGCACAACUCCGGCGGCAAGCACUACUCGAUUGGCCUCUAG